CAACAACAACAACAACAACAACAUUAUCCAACUACUGUAUCUACUGCACCUGUAUCAAUGGUUGAACCUAUGAUGCAAUCUCAUUUGUCUAUGACAUCUACUCCUCUAUCAAAUACAGUAACAACUUUAUCGUCAUCCUCAUCAUCAUCACCAUCAACAAUGUAUUAUACUACUUAUCCUUCAACAUUUGGAAAUGUAGUAUCAUCUUCUUCUCCUUCUGUGACAUCUUCACCUUCUAUGGAUGAAUCAUGGAGAUAUUCUUCAUCGACUGAUCUUCUUACUGAUUCUACGUACAAUCAUCCCUUCUCAACCCCAUUACAACAACCUCAAUCUCAACAAUAUAUGCUUCAACAAGACGAAUCUGCUUAUCUUACGUCUACUUCCCUAGAACAACAAUUCGCUAGCUCAAGUACUUCUUAUGAUCCAAUCCCAUCCUUUCAAGUAUCUUCAAAUUCAUAUUACCAUCAAAAUAACAAUAUCUCCAGACCAAUGUAUCCAGGUCCUAUCGAUACAUCGUCUUCUCCUCAAACACCUAUUACCGCUCCAGUAACCUCUCCAUCAUCAUCAUCAUCAUCUACCAGUCAUCGAUCCAGUACAAGAAAACGUGUUCAAUCAUCACCUUUGCAUUACUCAAAGCAAGGUCGAUCUCCUGUAUCGUCUCCAUCAUCUUCUGGUGACCUUCAUCAACAACGACAUUCACAUUAUAUCAGUAAACCAAAUCGACCUGUAUCUAUUGGAUCGUUGUCGCCAUUAUCAGAACAAGGAAGUACUACUGGAUCUACAAUGUCUUACUCCCCAAUGAACAUGAUUUCAAGUUUCCCUACCAAGGUUAAUGUGUCUACUGGUGCUUCUCCGAAACGUUAUGAAUGCCAUGUUUGUUCCAAGAAAUUCACAAGACCGAGUUCAUUGACUACUCAUAUCUAUAGUCAUACUGGUGAAAAACCAUUCCAGUGUCCAGUGGAAGGCUGUGGUCGACAUUUUUCAGUGGUCAGUAACUUACGAAGACAUGCCAAGAUCCAUACGAAUCCUGUCAACUCCAAAUCCUGAUAUAUUUCCUUCGGUCCAACUCCUUUCUCUUUCUCUCAUUUUCUCUUUCUCUUUACUUUUUUUUUUCUUUCUUUCCAAUUUAGCCAUACUCCUCUUUUUUUUUUUUUUU